AUGUGUCUGCAGUUAAAGUUGGAACAGAAAGAGAUUGGGCGUAAGAUGUGGAAAGAGAGAGCAUUAUUGGUGACGUUGGUGUUUCUAAUAUACCAAAGUUGUGGUAGCAACAAGGAGCAAGAGCAUAGAUGCCCCCCUUCUUCCUGUGGCAAAAUCCACAACAUAUCUUAUCCAUUCCGAUUGAGAGGAGACCCAAAAGGGUGUGGCGACCAUAGGUACGAGCUAGCUUGUGAGAAUAAUGUAACCGUGUUAUAUUUGUACUCGGGAAAAUAUGAUGUGCAGGCAAUCAACUACAAUAAUUUCACAAUCCGACUGACGGAUCCUGGACUGCAGCAGCCAAACUGCUCCUCCCUUCCUCGCUAUUUUUUGUCUCAAUCCAAUUUCACUUUUAGUACUUACUACAGCCGCAUCUCGGAUCCCUACCAAGCAUAUGAAGAUUUUUCUGGCCCGAUGCUUUUCCAGUAUAUAGUUUGGUUGAAUUGUAGCCAUCCUGUUAGCAGGAACAGAAAGUAUGUGGAUACUGGUGGGUGCGUGAAUGGGUACAUAUACGCCAUGGCUGGUCACUUAAGUGCCGGGGACUUAGAAGUUGGUUGUGAGGUAAAGCUGGUUGCUCGUACAUCCUGGUGGGGUUUGGACACAAAUAAGUAUUCCUAUUCCUAUGCCAUCAUCCACAGAGCGCUACUCUAUGGAUUCCAGCUUUCAUGGAUUCCUGUAGCCUGUGAGGAUCACUGUAAUAAAAGAUAUUGCGAUUUCAACUCUUCCACCGACACUCUUCGAUGCUUGGAAGAAGGUCGUACAGGGUGGGGGCGGCAGCUGCUAUCUUUUGUAGGAGGAGUGUUUGAAAUAACUGGAUCAGACUACCAUUAUUCUGAUACUACCAUUUAUGAAUCAGCGUCAUUAACCUUCGGACACUACGUUGUACCAUACUUAAUAGUCAGAUAUUUAGUUGGAAUGAUAUUGUUUAUUGUUCUUUUGAUAUACAAGUGGAGAAAAAGACAUUUGUCGAUAUAUGAAAAUAUUGAAACUUAUUUGGAGCAAAAUAACUUCAUGCCCAUUCGAUACACAUACAAGGAAAUCAAGAAGAUGACUACAAGUUUUAAAGAAAAAUUGGGAGAAGGAGGUUAUGGCUCUGUGUUUAAGGGAAAGUUGCGUAGUGGACCUUACGUCGCAAUAAAAAUGUUGGCUAAAUCAAAGGGUAAUGGACAGGAUUUUAUCAAUGAAGUUGCAACAAUUGGAAGAACGCAUCAUCAAAAUGUAGUGGAAUUAAUUGGGUAUUGUGUGGAGGGUUCAAAACGUGCCCUUGUAUAUAAAUUCAUGUCCAAUGGAUCUCUUGACAAAUUCAUAUUUUCCAAGGAUGAAAGUGUACAUUUGAGCUAUGACACAAUAUACAAUAUAGCAAUUGGGGUAGCACGUGGGAUUUCUUAUCUCCACCAUGGGUGUGAGAUGCAGAUUUUGCAUUUUGAUAUCAAACCCCAUAACAUUCUGCUCGAUGAAAAGUUCACCCCAAAGAUCUCUGACUUCGGAUUGGCAAAACUAUAUCCAAUAGACAACAGCAUUGUGACUAUGACAGCAGCAAGAGGAACAAUUGGGUACAUGGCUCCAGAAUUGUUUUACCAAAAUAUUGGGAGGAUAUCGCAUAAGUCUGAUGUUUAUAGCUUUGGAAUGCUUCUGAUGGAGAUGACAAGCAAGAGAAAAAACCUAAACCCCCAUGCAGAUCAUUCUAGCCAACUUUACUUUCCCUUUUGGAUUUAUGAUCAACUUGACAAAGAGAAUGAUAUAGAAAUGGAAGAUGUCACAGAGGAGGAGAACAAAUUAGCAAAAAAGAUGAUCAUAGUUUCACUUUGGUGUAUCCAAUUGAAACCAAAUGAUCGUCCCUCAAUCAAUAAAGUAGUCGAAAUGCUUGAAGGAGACAUUGAAAACUUACAAAUACCUCCAAAGCCGUCUCUAUAUCCACAUGAAACAGUGGAAGAUAACCAAAGAAUUGAUUAUUCCAUGCAGAUUGCCACCAGUGGUAGCUAUGCUAGAUGA